CUCAUUCUCCCAUAAAAUUAUUGUCUCUCUUCCUUCAAAACUUCUAACACUAAACACACUUUUAUUUAAUUUAAACAUGGCACCCAAGAUCUACUUCUAUCACAUAUCCUUUGUUUUUGCUCUAUUUUUUCUCUUGUCUCUUGAAUUUAUUCAUGGUUCAAGACUUGUUCCUACACCUCAACAAUCCAAUCAGGAUAUAAGCACUAAUCAAGAUGAUUGCACUAGUAUGGAAGGAGAAGAUUGCUUGAUGAACAAGAGUAUGAUUGCUCAUACAGAUUAUAUUUAUACUCAAGAUAUUAAGGAUCCAUGAUACUAUUUGUCCUAUUUUAGUAGUAUAUGCUAAUUAGUUUCUUUAUAAAACUUUCCUAAUAUGGUUUUUGACUUGUAAGUGUCUAAUUCCUUCAAUUUCGCCUACAAGGUUCACAGAUAAAUUAGAUUCAGUUGUGUUACUUUCCUAACUACUAAAAGUACUAAUCCAUUUUAUCCUUUAAAAAAUACUAUUGGAGUGCAAUUUUAUUAUUCAUUUGUUUCUUUUUGUUUGUCCAUUUUAAAUUUUUUCACUUGAUGAGAUAGAAAUUUAAAUUUGAUUUUCAAAGUAUAUAUUCAAGACAAAAUAUAUUCAUGUGGGAUCUUGUUAGAUUCAUCUUGAUGUAAAGAAUUUUAAUUAUAUAAUUUUUACAAUUUUUUAUUAUUCGUACUAUGAGAUAUCGAGGCUCAAAGUUUGCUUUAAAAUACGUAAAAAGUAAAGUGGACAAAUAAAAAGAAACGAAGGAGAGACUAUAAGAAUCUUAAAACUAGCUCA